CGAUGAUGAGCGACCCAUCGUACUCCCCGCUCCUCGGCAAGACCGACCUCGCCAUGGACGACUACGCGCCCGAGACCGACCACCGUAAGCGACGCCGAAAUCGCACAACUCAAAGUUGCUUGAAUUGCCAUACGUCAAAGAGGAAGUGCGACCGCAAGCGUCCGUGCCAGCGCUGCAUCCAGCUCGGGCUGACUGGGCUCUGCGUCUACGAGGUAGACGACCCGGCGCUUAGGGAUGAUCCCAACGUCGAUGAGACCACGCGCUUGCGCAACAGGAUUGCCGAGUUGGAGAGCCUGGUUCGCGAACUGCGCGGCAAGCCCCAGCCUCGGUGGGCAGACAGCAGCUUCCGAAACGGAGAUCCGAACGAGAAGUGGCAUUCGCGCGCUGCGAAGUGCUCGCCCCUGCAGGCCAGGCGUCGUCUAGCUUCACCUCACCCAGCCAAUGGGACGGAUGGUAUCGGACCCACGACGCGUUCAUCGGUCUCGUCCCUCCUCAGUCCAAUCAAAACCGAGGCGGCGUCGGAAGCACGCUCGCUAUAUCGCUUCUCGCCGUCGCCGACGCUUCCCACCGUGCACUUCCCGUACGGCUCGUCUGAGCACCGCUCGACGUACUCGUCCACCUCUCCCACGAUACCCUUCCACUCGACGCACGCCACCAACGGCUACUCGUCUGAAGCUAAUCAGCGCGAAGACAGCGGCCUGCCAUACCCUCUGACAACGGACGGCGACUCGCGCUAUAUCUCUAGCGGCAGCAGUGGGAAUGGCCCCGCGUGCUGCUCGUGCCGCCAGACGCCCGCGAUCAUGAACGGCUACCUCAGCCUCGCGCGCCAGCUCCAAAACACCGUCAACGGCGUGCGCCACUACGUGAGCCACUCGGACAGCCAGUGCCAGGUGUACCGACGGAUCGUGGAACUGAACAACGUAAUGCAGCUGACCGUUGGGACGUCUGGCAUCGACGGAAGCUCGAGCUCGCCCUAUGGGAGCAGCACUCCCACGGACCCGGAGGUCAUGACACCCCUGUCCGCGUCGAGCUCGUACCACGGGCACAACAGCUCGCCUGCGGUCUCGCCCCAGGAGUGGAACGCGCUGGCGACGACCGCGUACAACCCAUACUUCCCCAACGAAUCGCACUCGGUCUAUGGCAGCGGACAUGUCAUGACGUGAAUGUGCGGCGCAUCCCCAUCUUGUUUCGAUGAACGAUAUAUCAUACCCGGGACUCCUCUGAAUAUCGCAUACCUGUCUUGUAUCCGUCGCGUCGCUAUCGUUUUGUGCUUGUACCUGGACUUUCCGUUUCGUGUCGUGCAUAUAUUGCUUGCUGCUUUGAACCUGUACUGAUUUAUAGACCAUGUUACCCGUUGUCGUAUACGUGCGAUUGCUGUACAAGUAUUGUAUCGUCUGCUGUUAUUGGAUGUGAACGCCUCUCAUGAC